AUGACGAACACCGAGUUCUUCACCGUGAAUUGCACCGACGUCUCCUACUCCGAUGCGACGGAGGAAGACGAGCCGUUGGAAAGCCAUUGCGACAGGCGGUGCAAGAAGUUCUCUCAGGUUUGGCUUCUGGUGCUCACUGUUGGCAUCAUCCUGGGCCCUGUGCUACUCGUGGUCCUCAGAGUCCAAAGUGAUCAAGCAGUCACGGCCUCGCAGUUGUGGCAGAACAAGAAGCUCGCGAAUUUGCCGCCUGAGGGCACGCGAAACCCCGUGGCCGAUGCCACCUUGGCUUUCAUGAUCGGCUAUGGUCGGCAGAUGAGAUUGCAAGCAUCUAUCUUGGUGGAUAUCUCGUUCGGAUUGGUCUUCUGUGGAACUUUGACCUCCACCUACAUCGCCACCAGCGAUUGGGAUAAAGCUCCCAAGGACUUCCGGCAGAAGGGGACCAUCUCAAACAUGGCGCAGUCGGUGAACGAUCCCCAGGGCCGUUUGUGGACCACAUCUUUAGCGCUGGCCUCCAUUCUUCUCACAGCCUCCAUGUACACCUUUUGGAUCUAUCGUCCCUGGUGGCCGCAGGUGGAUUUCGAACACAACCCCUUGGCCUCCUCCGUCUUGGAGCAGCGCGCCGAGCGGCGCGCGCGAACGGCCUGGGCCCUGGUGCCCAAUGUGGGCUUUGUGCUGGCAGCGAUGGUCCCAAGCCUCUCCGAUGCUACCGAUUUGAAUAUUGUUCUGGCUGCGGUCCACAAUGUCACAGCUCCUCUUUCAAUGCUCUUCUUGAUGGUCAUGGAGACGAUUCAGCUGGAAUAUGGAGAGAAUGCCUUCAGAUAUUUCUUGUCAGCAGAGCCCUCGAAUCCGGUGUAUGGACCUUUGACCACGUACCAGCGCUUGCGGGUGGUCCUCGUCCUUGAGGCAUGGAUUGCCGGUCUCAUCUUCGUCACAGUGCAGGGUUACCUUGCAUUUUGUCCCAACCGGCGACAUUGGGUGGCCCUGGUCAGCUACUAUGGCGAGGUGAUUGGGAUCAUUUUGGCCUUCUCCUUACCCGCCGCAGCGGCCGUGGACAUCCGGAAGUGGACACAGCUCGUUUUGAGCCUUCCCUUGCAGGUGCUGCGACACGGCGCUCAGGCGGCGAUCUCGAAGCAACAGCCGGCGCCGGGGCUGCGAGAGGUUCUUAAGGCAGCAGCAGUGCCCAAAAGUGGCCUGUUCCGGGGCCUCGUGCCUGCGCUUUGCCAUUCAAGUUUGUCGCCCUUGGUGUUCCUACUGGGCUAUGAGGUCCAGCGUGGCUCGACCGAAGUGAUACAAGCAGGGAUGGUGGCGAAAGCAGUUCAAGUGACGGCGCUCCAACCCUUCGACUUGAUCCGGACCUGCCGACAGGCAGUGAUUCUGCUGCCCAGCAGUGCCGCGGCACACUUGCAGCGGACGCCCUGGGAGGUGGUCAUGUCUGAAGGCACCCGGUCUCUUUGGCGAGGCUGGAUCCCGACGCUCCUGCGCGAUGUCUUGGCGGCCGGCUUGUUCUGGCAUAGCUACACGCUCCUGACCAAGUCCAUCCUCAAAGAACCUUGGGAGGAGGAGUUUGACCGCAAAGCCAUGCAGCAACGCGCUAUGACUUGUGCGGCGAUCAGCGGCGUGUGCGCGGCGGGUUCAGCCUUGGUGACUCAGCCCUUCGAUGUGGUGAAGACGAGGAUGCAGAUCCACUGCAUGGUCACCUCUGACGCCAAGAGUGGCUAUCGUUACUUCAAGGUGGCCCGUGUGGGCAAGACCUUCCGGGAGACCAUGGCGAUGGCAGGCUGGCGAGGCCUUUGGGUGGGUUCCAUGGCCCGGGUCGUCCAGAUGGGCCUCUCGGGGCUUUUGAUCGGCCCGCUCUUCGAGUAUGCUGAGCUUUUAAGCAAUGAUGCAGACAGGCCUUUGCGACAUCCACUGAUCUUGGGAGAGGACCCUGGGCGGACCAUUGUGCACCCACGAUCGACCAGGGACAUGUUCAUUGAAGUGAAGACAGGCUGA